CAGUCCUUACAGCACUAGCAUUUACUCACUACCCUGCAUCCAGCCCACACUUCACCUACUACAUCUCUGUGGUAUCAGGCACUGACUGUUUGAUUUUGAUACACAUCACAUUUUCUGCCAUGGCUGAAGCCGGGUACUCGGAGGACCAGUGGGAAGUGGAGGCUUCUGAAGAUGAAUUUGGAGAAAUCAUAAAGAGUCGAUCAGAUGAAAGGGAGGACAUACAAAAGAAAACUUUCACAAAAUGGAUAAACCUACAGUUUGCUAAGGCUGGGAGACCCCCUAUUGAUGACCUGUUCACAGACCUGUGUGAUGGCCGUCGUCUUCUGGAGCUUUUAGAGAGUCUGGCUGGACAUGAGCUGGUGAAAGAGCGUGGCUUCACCAGAGUGCACUCACUCAAUAAUGUCAACAAAGCACUGCAGGUCCUUCAGAAGAACAAUGUUGAACUGGUGAAUAUUGGUGGAGCUGACAUUGUUGAUGGGAAUCAUAAAUUGACUUUGGGACUCAUCUGGAGCAUUAUUCUCCACUGGCAGGUGAAGGAUGUGAUGAAAGAUGUGAUGGCAGACCUAAAACAAACCAACAGUGAAAAGAUUCUGCUGAGCUGGGUUAGACAAUCCACCAAGAAUUACCCACAAGUCAAUGUGGUUAACUUCUCCAGCAGCUGGGAGGAUGGUUUAGCCUUCAAUGCUCUCAUCCACAGCCACAGGCCGGAGCUGUUUGACUGGGCUGUGGUGGAUCAGAUGGAUAAGGCUAUUGAAAGGUUGGAUUAUGCAUUCAGUGUUGCUGAGAGGCAUUUGGGCAUUGAACGCCUGCUCGAUCCUGAAGAUGUGGCCACUGCUCAUCCAGAUAAGAAGUCUAUAAUUAUGUACGUCACCUCCCUGUUUCAAGUCCUGCCUCAUGGUGUGAGUAUGGAAGCCAUUCAGGAGGUUGAGACUCUUCCUCGAACUGUAGUAACGAAAGAGGAACGCUUCCACUUUCAAACACAGCAGCGCUAUUCUCAACAGAUCACAGUCAGUGUCGCCCAGAGUCAGGUAAGAAGUCCAUCUCCUUCAAGUAAGCCACGCUACAAGAGUUAUGCCUUCACUCAAGCUGCAUAUGUGAAGACCCCUGAACUGAAAAGAAAGACCCCUGUCACACAGUCACCGGAAAGACCGGAAGAAACGUGGCCCACCCUCAGUCCUCUCCCUCAGGGCUCAACCCAGCUGGAGAGUUACCAAAGUGCCCUAGAAGAGGUGCUGACAUGGCUUCUGUCCGCUGAGGACGGCCUGCAGGCUCAGCCACCUAUCUCCUCUUUUGUGGAAGAGGUGAAAGAGCAGUUUCACACUCAUGAGGGCUACAUGGUUGAGUUAACCUCUCAUCAGAGCAGUGUGGGUAGAGUACUGAAGGCAGGGAGCAUCCUGCUGGCCGAGGGUCAGCUGUCCGAGGAAGAGGAGAGUGAAAUCCGGGAACAGAUGAACCUUCUAAACUCUCGCUGGGAACAUCUCCGUGUGGCCAGUAUGGAACGACAAAGCAGGCUUCAUGAAGUUUUAAUGGACUUGCAGCACCAGCAGCUGAAGCAGCUUACGUCCUGGUUGGAUGUAACUGAAGCUCGAAUUAAACGUAUGGGAGCGCAGCCGUUAGGUCCUGAAAUAGAGGACGUGAAACACCAAAUAGAAGAGCACAAAUUGUUGCAAGAGGAUCUGGAGAUGGAGCAGGUACGAGUGAACUCUCUGACACACAUGGUGGUAGUGGUGGAUGAGAGCAGUGGAGAUAGUGCCACUGCUGCACUGGAGGAGAAACUACAGAACCUGGGAGAGCGAUGGGCAGCAAUCUGCAAGUGGACAGAGGAGCGCUGGCUUCUUCUUCAGAAGAUUCUGCUGAGUUGGCAAAAUUUUACUGAGGAGCAGAUUCUGUUUGAUGCCUGGUUGACACAGAAGGAACAAUUACUUAUUUCCAUCCAAAGCAGCACCGACUCCAGUGAUGUGGCCGCUAACCUCAGAAAGCUGGCUAUUCUGAAAGCAGAUCUGGAGCUGAAGAGGCAGACCAUGGAUAAGCUUUGCUCCCUUGUUCAAGAUCUGUUAACCAACAUCAAAAAUAAAGAGGCAGCAGGAAAACUUGAAGCGAGAUUGGAAAGGUUUGCUCAGCGGUGGGACAAACUGGUGCAGUCACUCAAUCUCACCAGUACCAAGUUUUCAACCACUGUAACUACAUCUCAAUCUGAAGUUCUGCAGACAACUGUGGAAACUAGAGUCACCACUCAGCAGAAAAAGAUACUGAAGCAUGCUAAGGAGGGUCUGGCAACCCCUCCUCCACAGAAGAAGCGCCAGAUUGUUGUUGACUCAGAGCUUCGCAAAAGGUUUGAUGUGGACUUCACUGAGAUUCAUAGUUUUAUGACACGCUCGGAGGCCAUCUUGCAGAAUCCAGAAUUCUCAAUUUCACGCAAAGAGGGCAGCGUGGCAGACCUUUAUGAUAAAGUCUUGGCAAUUGAUAAAGAAAGACCAGAGAAAUUCAGGAAGUUGCAAGAAGCGACGCGCUCGGCUCAGGCACUAGUAGAUCAGCUCACAAGUGAUGGGCAGCAUUCGGAUGACAUUCAGCAAGCUGAACAGCAGUUGCGUGCCCGGUGGGUUGAUUUCUGUGCUCUUCUGGCAGAGAGGCUGGCAUGGCUGGCCUACCAGACCAAAGUACUGGCAUUCUACAAUCUCUUCCAGGAACUGGAGCAAGCUGUAGCCAAUUCAGAAAACUGGCUGAAAGUGCAGCAGCCCCCGGCCUGCGAGCCAGAGCCACUGAGGAUCCAACUUGAACGCUGCCGGGAUGAGAUAGCACGCAUGUCUGCACUUCAGCCACAAGUGGGGAAGCUACAUGAACAGCUUCAAGAGCUGCAAGAGAAAGAGGAAACGCCAGUUCUCUUUGAUGCUGAUAUAACUGCAUUACAGGAGCACUACCACAAAGUUCUUGCAGACUUAAAAGCAAGAGAAAAACAGCUUGUAUUAGUGCAGUCUAGUCUUCCACCUGCACGGUACAAAGAUGUGAUGGCAGCUCUUAUGGCCUGGCUGCAGCAGUGUGAGGCCAAACUCGCUCUUCCCUCCACAGCAGUAACUGAGUACUCAGUCAUGGAGCAGAGGCUCAAAGAUAUGAUGGCAAUACAGGCGUCCCAGCAAGAGCAGCAAUGUAAAGUAGACGAUCUAAACAAGAUGGCUGAACAGGUCUUCCAGACGGCUCCACCUGAUAUGUGUCAAAAGUAUCGUAUUGAAUUGGAUAAUGUAAUGGCACGCUGGAGACGGAUAAGUGAACAAGUGGAGGAAAAUAUACAGAAACUGCAGGAGCACAUGGCCAAGUUGCAGCAGUUCCAGAACGACACAAAAACCCUGCAGAAGUGGAUGGCUGAUGUUGAUGUUUUCCUGAAUGAAGAGUGGCCAGCUUUAGGAGAUUCUGAAGCUCUGGAGAAACAGCUGGAGCAGUGCACAGCCUUGGUAAAUGACAUUCACACUGUCCAACCAAGUCUGAAUGGAAUCAAUGAGGUGGGUCAGGCCUUAAAGAGGGAAGCAGAGACACCAUUUGCCAUCAAAAUCCAGAGGAUGCUGGAUGAGCUCAAUGCUCAGUGGGAGCUCAUCUGCAAACAGGCCUAUGCAAAAAAAUCUGCCCUGAAAGGCGGACUGGACAUGACGGUUAGUUUAAAGAAGGAGAUGCAGGAGAUGCAGGAGUGGAUCACACAGGCAGAAGAAGAUUAUCUGGAGAGAGACUUCCAGUAUAAAACACCUGAAGAACUCCACAAAGCAGUGGAUGAACUAAAGAGAGCUCAAGAAGAAGUCCAUCAUAAAGAAAUCAAAGUCAACUUACUGACAGAUAAAGUGAUGAAUUUCAUUGCUAAGGCUCCACCAGCAGCUCAUGAUGCCCUAAAGACAGAACUGGACGUUCUGACCUCCAACUACCAUCGGCUGUGUAGCCGGCUCGAUGGGAAGUACAAGACACUAGAGGAGGUUUGGGCUUGCUGGUGUGAACUGCUGUCCUAUUUGGAGCAGGAAAAUGCCUGGAUGGAUAUCCUAGAGAAGAAACUUGAUGAGACAGAGAAUUUUCAAGGGGGCGCAGAUGAGAUAGCAGAAGCUUUGGCUUCUUUAGAUAUGAUGAUUAGGGAGCAUCCUGAGUAUAAUCGAAACCAAAUCCGAGAGUUGGCCCAGACCCUUAUGGAUGGCAGGGUACUCCAUGAGCUCAUUCACAGAAAGGUAGAGGACUACAACAUUCGUUGGGAUGAACUUAUGCAAAGGGCAUUACAAAGACAACAACAGCUAGAGAAGAGUUUGCAGUGGGCUCAAGAAAAUGACAGAACUUUACGACUAAUCCAGGAUUCUCUGAACACAACUGAUCGUCAUUUAACUGCAUAUCUUGCAGAUGGUAUAGAUGCUGCUCAAAUACCUCAAGAAGCUCAGAAAAUUCAGACUGAGCUGGGUGGUCAUGAGGUGACUCUGGACAGUAUGAAGAAAAAGGCCAGUGAAGCAGAUGCAUCAGAUAAAGUGAUGGCAGAGAUUGAUGCAACAUAUGAUAAACUGUUGGAGGUAAAAGCAAAGUUUCGGCUUUUCCAAAAGCCAGCUAACUUUGACCAGCGAUUGAAGGAAUGUGAGCAGGUGCUGGCGGAAGUGAAGGGUCAGUUGGGGGUGUUAAAUAUCGGCAGUGUGGAGCAGGAAGUGGUGCAGUCCCAAUUGGAGCAGUGCAUGAAGUUAUAUAAAAGUCUGAGUGAAGUGAAAUCGGAGGUGGAGAUGGUAAUUAAGACAGGAAGGCAAAUAGUGCAGAGACAACAGACCGAGCAGCCCAAGGAGUUAGAUGACCGUUUGACAAGUCUUAAACUUCUCUACAAUGAUUUGGGUGGACAGGUGACAGAAGGAAAGCAGGAACUGGAAAAGAGUCUGAAGUUAUUGAGGAAAUUUAGGAAGGAGGUGAAUAGUCUGACAGAGUGGUUAGCAGCUACUGACGGAGAACUGACUCUCAGGUCAUCAGUGGAGGGGAUGCCCAAUGACCUGGAGGCAGAGUUGGUCUGGGCCAAGGCCACACAGCAGGAUACGGAGCGACAUGUGGCCCAACUCAAUUUAGUAAGAGAGCUAUCAGAGGCUCUAAAGGAGAUGCUGAAAGGGCAGGAAAGCCUGAUAGACGACAAGGUCAGCCUUCUGAACUGCAACUGGAUUGCUGUGACGUCGCGCAGUGAACAGUGGCUGAAUUUGCUGUUGGAUUACCAGAGUCAGCUGAAAACUCUAGAUCAGAAUGUCACACAUAUUAAUGCCUGGAUGGAUUCAACUGAGGCUCAGUUGGACAAGAUGGAAGUUCAAGGCUGCAAUGAGCAUGUUCUCAAGGGUCUGCAAGCUGAGCUGGAAGAAAUGCGUGUAAAAGUGGAAGCUGUCCAGAAUCUAGCGGAGGACCUUAUUAAGAACAGAGGAGAACACUGUAAAGCUCAAGUGGAACCUAAGUUGCAUCAGCUUACUCAACGCUUUGAGAUGGUGGCCAAAAGGAUGUUAAAUGCACAGGCCUCAUCCCAAGAGUUAGAAGAUUAUUACAGACAAGCUAAUAUGUGGCUGCAGCUGCUGGAUGAAGAGAUACAACUGGGGGAAAAUAUCAAGGAAGAUGAUUUUCUUGAGGAACCAGCAGCUGAUGAAAAUGCACUGAAGGAGCUCUUUCAGAGAGGAGAGAAUCUACUGAGGAGAACCACAGAUCCAGAUCAUGGGACUGUUCAUGAAAAGCAUACUAUGCUUCAUGAUAAAUACAACACCCUGAAGGCUCUGAGAGCCGUAAGGAGGAAGCGGGCCCUUUCUCUUGCUCCUCAGUGGAAUCAGUUCUGUAAGAAAUCAGAUGAUAUGAUGCAAUUUCUUGACAACAUUGAGAAGAAGGUGACAGAGCUGCCUGAUCCUGCUGAAGAAUUAAUAGUGAAGGAGAUUGGGACUAAGAUUGAAAGGCAGCUCCCUGAACUUGAAGAGGUUCGGAGACUUGGCCACAUGCUCUCAGAAGGUGGCAUGAUCAAGCUUGUGGAGCCACGGCUGAUUCCCAUUAAUAAAAGAUGGGAGCAGCUUGACAUUAAAUUUGCACAAGUACGACACAUGAGUGAAGUGCAGGAUCUGCUGCGGUGCAUUGCUGAAAAUGAAGCACGGCUGAACUCGCCUGUAUGCUGCUCUGCUGCAACGGAAAACCUUCCCCAACAAGAAAAGUGUCUGAAGGAAGUGAAAUAUAAUCUGGAGAAGCUUGAGACUCAAGUGGAAGAAACUUUAGACAGAAACAAAAGGCAGCUUCAGGAGAAUCUACUGACUCAGCUCCUCAGCACUAACUGGGACAACCUGAAGAAGCUCUAUGAGGACAGACUGCUACAUUUUGACAAAUGCAAGACAUUUAGCAAUGAUAUAAACGCUCUUCAAGACUGGUUGACUCUUGCAGAGAAAUCAUUAGCACUGCAUGAAGAAAACCCAGAGCUGAGCAGAAGAGAAAUCAAGGAUCUGCAGGAAGAUUUGGAGAAGCAGGAGGCAGCAGUCAAAGGGCUAAAUGUUCUGGGUCAACACCUGGUUCUGCAGAGUAGAAAAGAAGAUGGAGAUCACAUUAAACAGCUGCUUGGUUCAGUUAAUACUCGCUGGGCCAAAGUGUUCAAGCAGCUGACUGAAAUCAGAAGAAGAUCUGCAGGGGCAAACAUUGUAGUUGCUGAGCUUCAUGAAGAUGUGAGAGAGUUUCAGGCUUGGCUGGAUAAAGCAGAGGAUGUCGCUGCUUUGCCUGUACAACCAGACCAUCGAGAGCAGCUCACCACCGCCUUAGAAAAAGUGCAGGCUCAGGUAACAGACUUGCCAAGUAGAAAGCAGACCUUACAGAAAAUGAACACCAAAGGUUCAUCCCUCCCUGCUGAUAAAAGCAAACCACUGGAGAACCAUUUAAGGGUUAUAAAUAUGCGAUGGGCUAAGGUUUCUUCUGAUCUGCCUGAGAAGCAGCGACAGAUCGAAGAUCUGCUGAGAAAUUUAAAUUUAUACCAGGAGCAACUCUUCAAGCUUUCCACCUGGGCGUCCACAACUAGGUAUCAGCUGGAACAGUCACCUGGAGAUGUUGACCAUAAGGUUGAUGAUGACGUUCAGUCCAAGAAGCCAGAGGUGGAAGCAGUUUUAGCUAAAGAGAAACCACCAGUCCAGCCUGAAAGGGGACAAUUUGAUGCUCUUAAUGUAGAUUGGAUAGCCAUUAACAUGAUACUUAAGGAAUGGAAAAAUAAGUGCCAAGUUGCCGGUUUAACAGGCAGUGCCCCAGGAGAUGCCUCAGCACUUGAUCAUUUUAAUAAAUCCUGGGCAGAACUUAACAACUGGCUGUCUCUGCUGGAUCACAUGCUUCUGUCUCAGAGAGUGUUAGUAGGAGAUUUGGAUGAGAUCAGUGACGUGACAACAAAACUCAAGUCCUCACUGCAGGAAAUGGAGCAAAGAUGUCCCCAGCUGAAUAAACAAAUCACUGCAGCGCAGAACCUAAAAAACAAAACCAACAAUCCUCAGACACGCGCUACUAUCACAGAUCAGAUUGAGAACUUACAAGCUCACUGGGAAGACUCACACACCAAAAUGAUGGAGCGGCUUCUUCAACUACAGAAAAUGUAUAAAGACUCCAGUGAUUGGCUAGAUGCCAGAAAAAGAGUGGAACCUCUGAUUAAACAAGCCAGUGAAAUCCUGGAAGCCUCUCAAAGUGCUGAUGAUUUCAAGAAACUUGGCAAGAAUAUACAACAGUGGCAAGCUCAAGUAGAUAUCACCAACGGGCUGGCAAAUAACCUUCUGACUCAUUAUGCAGAUGAUGACACAAGCAAGGUUAAACAGCUGACUGAGAGCAUGAACAUGGGUUGGGCCAACAUCAAAAAACGGGUAGGGGAUUCAGAGACAGACCUGGAGGCUAGACUACGGCAGCUUCAACACUUUCAGAUUGACCUGGAAAAGUUUAUGAAUUGGUUAACUGAGGCAGAAACUACAGCCAACGUCCUGCAAGAUGCCACAUACAAAGAGCGUCUUCUGGAGAACCCAGCUACAGCCCGCCGCGUAUUAGAGCAAUGGCAGGACCUCCAGAGGGAGAUUGAUGCCCACACAGACACUUACCAUUCAUUAGAUGAAAAUGGACAGCGUAUAGUGGCGUCUCUGGAAGGUACAGAAAAUGCAGUAGUGCUUCAGAAACGACUUCACAACAUGGGACAGAGAUGGCAAGAACUGAACCAAAAAGUCAUUAGUGUCAGGCCUCACUUGGAUGCCAGUAUUGAGCAGUGGAAGCACUUUCACAUGUCCUUGCAAGAGCUGCUUCACUGGCUCCAGUUUAAGAAGGAGGAGCUGGACCAGCAGAAACCAGUGGGGGGGGAUGUAGCAACUGUGCAUCAGCAGCUGAUCACACAUAAGGCCUUUAGGAGGGAGCUGAGCACUAAAGAGCCAUCGAUCAGUGGAGCUCUUGAGAGUGUGAAGAGUUUCCUGAAAGAGAUGCCGAGUGAAGAAGCUAAACAGAGGCCUGGUCAGAGAGAAGAAAGAGUUCAAAAUGUGGAGCGCAUUCUGCGCAAGGAGGCAGAAGAUGUGACGACACAGUGGAGGGAGCUGGGCAUAGCUGCUGUUGAUUGGCAGCAACAGCUGGAGUUGGCUUUGGAGAGACUGAUGGAACUUCAAGAUGCACAGGAUCAGUUAGAUUUCAAGCUUCAGCAGGCUGAGAUGAUAAAGGACUCAUGGGAUCCAGUUGGAGACAUACUUAUUGACAACCUGAGCAAACAAAUGGACACUGUUAAGGCGUUUCAGGAAGAGAUAGCUCCCAUUCAGGAAUAUGUAAACCAAGUCAACACACUUGCUUCUACAUUCAGAAGUCCUGGUAUUCAGCUCUCACACGACAACCUGAACAGAAUUGAUGACCUCAAUACGCGAUGGAGACUGCUGCAGAUUUCUAUUGAAGGGUAUCUGACACAUCUUACAGAGGCCCACAGAGACUUAGGACCUCAUUCUCAAAAUUUCUUACAAGCCUCUGUUCAAAGUCCUUUUGAACGCUCUGUUUCUCCCAACAAUGUCCCCUACUAUAUAAACCACCAGACGCAAACAACAUGUUGGGACCAUCCAAAGAUGGCUGAGCUCUACCAAUCUCUAGCGGAUCUGAACAACGUACGGUUCUCUGCAUACAGGACAGCGAUGAAGCUCCGACGUCUGCAGAAAGCUCUGUGCUUGGACCUGCUGGGAAUGUCAGCAGCCUGCGAGGCGUUUGAGGUCCACAACCUGAAACAGAACGAGCAGUUCAUAGAUAUCAUGCAGAUGAUCAACUGUCUGACCAACAUCUAUGACCGACUGGAGCAGCAGCACAGCAGCCUUGUGAAUGUACCGCUGUGUGUUGACAUGUGUCUCAACUGGUUGCUGAACGUUUAUGACACAGGAAGAACUGGGAAGAUUCGGACCUUAUCUUUUAAAACUGGAAUAAUCUCACUCUGCAAGGCUCAUCUUGAAGAUAAGUACAGAUUUCUGUUUAGACAGGUGGCAAGUGCCACAGGUUUCUGUGACCAGCGCCGCCUUGGCCUUUUGCUGCAUGACUCAAUCCAGAUCCCAAGGCAGCUGGGAGAAGUGGCUUCAUUUGGAGGAAGCAACAUCGAACCAAGUGUGCGCAGCUGCUUUCAGUUUGCAAACAACAAACCAGAGCUCGAGGCUUCAGUCUUCCUUGAUUGGAUGCGUUUGGAACCCCAGUCCAUGGUCUGGCUUCCUGUACUUCACCGCGUGGCAGCUGCAGAGACAGCCAAGCAUCAGGCCAAAUGCAACAUCUGCAAAGAAUGCCCCAUUAUAGGCUUCAGGUACAGAAGCUUAAAGCACUUUAAUUAUGACAUCUGCCAAAGCUGCUUCUUCUCUGGCAGAGUCGCCAAGGGACACAAGAUGCAGUACCCCAUGGUUGAAUAUUGCACUCCAACAACCUCCGGAGAAGAUGUGAGAGAUUUUGCCAAAGUGCUUAAAAACAAGUUCAGAACAAAACGCUAUUUUGCCAAGCAUCCACGUAUGGGUUACCUUCCUGUACAAACUAUUCUGGAGGGUGAUAACAUGGAAACUCCUGUUACACUCAUCAACUUCUGGCCUGUUGAUCAUCCUCCAGCAUCUUCACCACAGCUGUCCCAUGAUGAUACCCACUCACGCAUUGAGCAUUAUGCCAGCAGGCUAGCAGAAAUGGAAAACAGGAAUGGCUCGUACAUGACUGAGAAUAUUUCACCUAAUGAGAGCAUGGAUGAUGAACAUCUACUCAUUCAGCACUAUUGCCAGAGUCUCAAUCAGGGCUCUCCCCUGAGCCAGCCACAGAGCCCUGCUCAGAUCCUCAUAUCAAUGGAGGGGGAGGAGAAAGGAGAACUUGAGAGAGUUCUUGGUGAUCUAGAGCAGGAGAACAGGAAGCUGCAGGCAGAGUACGAUCGGCUGAAAAAGGCUCAUGAGCACAAGGGGCUGUCUCCACUCCCCUCACCUCCACAGAUGCUGCCAGUUUCACCUCAGAGUCCUCGUGAUGCUGAGCUGAUCGCUGAAGCAAAAUUACUAAGGCAACACAAGGGUCGUUUGGAGGCAAGAAUGCAAAUUCUGGAAGACCAUAACAAACAGCUGGAGUCUCAGCUUAAGCGGCUCAGACAACUACUGGAGCAGCCACAGACUGAGUCCAAGGUGAAUGGCACUGCCCUGUCUUCUCCUUCCACUGCCUCCCAGAGAUCUGAUACCAGCCUGGCCUCAUUGCGUGUGGCCGCAAGCCAAACCACAGAGACAAUGGGUGGUGAUGAGCUGCCCAGUCCCUCCCAGGAUGCAAGCACUGGAUUAGAAGAAGUGAUUGAGCAUCUAAAUCAUUCUUUUCCUCAUUGCAAAGGCCCAGGGGCUAACAUGAGAGGUCUAAUCCAUACGAUGGAUAACACUGGAUUGGCCAUGGAGUCAUUGGAUGGUGUAUUGAGAGAACAGCAGGGUUUAGACUGAAAACAUUGUCUCCUUAUGUGCAUGCUUUUGUAGUGUAAACAGCUGGACAGGAUAUGUUUACAAUGUGAAAUCAAUAAAAAUAUAUUUUUCUGAAGGAUCAUUGUUCCAAAUGAUAGAUUUCAGUAGUUUAUUAUAAAUAUAGAAUUGCUUUAUUAUGAAAUGAAACAGGCUUUUAAUCUUCUAUGCAAUUGUUUAAAAAUGGAUAUGUAAGAAAAAUGUGUGAUAACCUGUAACACUGUGUCCCAUUUCUUUGUACAAAAUGGUGGGCACAUUUUAAGUGAUUUAUCCUAAUGAGUGAUUGGUUAUAAAUAUAAAGGGUGCUUUAUCAACUAAUUUUGUUUGUAACACGUAACAAAUGCACAUUAAAACUCUGCUGUGUGUGA